UGUCUAAUUAAAUUCUUUCUAGAGCUAAGAUUUGUAUCGUGGUGGUUGAAAAAUAUUAAAAUUUAUCAGAUAUUAGCUUGUGAUAAGCUUUAAACAAUGACAACAAAAAUUGCAAGCAAAAAGUUUAAAUGGCAGCUGGAUUUUACCAACAGCUCGAACAGAUCCCGCAGCAGCUCGGAUAUCGCUUCACCCCCAGGAUUCAAUCCGUCUGCGGGACAAGUGCACAGUGAAGUGGCCCGGGACAACGAUCAGAGUCAUCUGAUCCUGAAAAAGAGUUGGGACAUUGCUUUGGGACCAAUUAAACAGUUUCCGAUGAAUCUGCUCAUAAUGUACAUGUCCGGAAACUCCAUCAGCAUUUUUCCAAUCAUGAUGGUGGUUAUGAUGUUUAUUCGACCAAUCAAAGCCGUGCUGUCGACCGGAGCUACGUUCAAGGUAAUUGAGGGAGUUCAAGCAACCGGGCAAAAGUUUGUCUACUUUUUGGGUAAUCUGGUCAACAUCGGGCUAGCGCUUUACAAGUGCCACAGUAUGGGAUUGCUGCCGACGCACGCAUCCGAUUGGUUAGCCUUCGUGGAACCCCAAGCUAGACUUGAAUAUUCAGGAGGUGGUAUGGCACUUUUCUAGUGGAAAAAUAAUGUUUUUAAGAAAAUUUAUAUUUCAUCAUUAACGACAGUGUAGCAAAUAAUGGCUUUAAA